AUGCCGACGUGUUUCGGAGAAGUCCUUAUCCAACCAAACAUCUACAUCUACAAGAAUGCCUCGUUCCAGCGUAAUCACGAUAAGCCAGUAUACUAUCCAGGUAAAUACAAUACCGAUCUUGUCGCGGAAAAGUCACUCGGCUAUCUUGACGAUGCUGCCGACAACGUCGACUCACGGCCCUUUUUCAUGUUUGUCAUGCCAAUUGGCCCGCACUCGGAGACAGCCAUCACGAGUCAAGGGGUCAAAUUUUCGGCUCCUGUGCCUGCAGACCGACAUGCCCACCUUUACCCUAACGCAAAGAUCCCACGCACAAAGAGCUUCAAUCCUUCUGUGCCAAAGGAUAUCAGUUAUCUCAAAGAGCUGCCAAGACUGAAUUCGACGGUAGUCGAUUACUUGGACGAAUUCUACCGCCAGAGGCUUCGUGCCUUGGCUUCAUUGGAUGACAUGAUAGAUGAUAUCUUUUCAAAACUUGAGCAGCGCGGUCUUGUUGAUGAUACGUACGUUAUCUAUACCACAGAUAAUGGCUUCCAUAUGGGCCAGCACCGACUUCAGGCUGGCAAAACAAGCUGCUACGAAGAAGAUGUUAGUAUUCCUUUCAUGAUUCGCGGCCCGGGCGUCCCAAAGGGUUCAGUAAAGUACCCGACAAAUCACGUUGACCUCGCCCCGACAAUUUUUGAGCUUGCUGGUAUCCCCCUUCGCGAUGAUUUUGACGGGACCCCGAUGCCCGUUAAGAACCAGAAGCAGCCACAAAAGUAUGAAAUUGUCAACGUCGAGUUUUGGGACUUGAGCUCCUUUGACGAAGGAAAAUAUGGUACUGAAGUAAAUAUCUUCAAUAACACAUAUAAAUCCAUCCGCCUUAUAGGCUCGGGAUAUAACCUUAUGUACAGUGUUUGGUGCACAAAUGAACGUGAGCUCUACGAUAUGCAUUCCUUGGCACCUAACUCAAAUUUUCAACCGGAGGCCGAUCCUGCCCAAAUGAAUAACCUUAACAAAACAAAGAGCUACAUCUUUGGGCACCCUGUCCAGAAAGUAGUCUCCCGCCUCAACGGCCUCAUGCUGGUUCUUAAGCGUUGCCAAGGCCAACAGUGUGUUUACCCAUGGAAAACCUUACAUCCUCAGGGUAAUGUAAUGUCCCUUACAGAUGCAUUACACCCACGAUAUGAUACGUUUUACGAAAAGGACAUGCCUCAAGUGUCAUUUGAAGAGUGUCUGGCAGGGUAUAUUAUCUCUAAUGAAGGGCCUCAAAUCCCAUCAAUUUAUAGCAAGAAAAAAGACGAGGCAAAAUAUGACUUUUUAAAAGGAUUUAAUUAG